CGACACUCAAACUAGCUGAAAGGACACGAGGCACGCGUGUUCAACAACGGACUGUUUUCAAGAAGAAAACAAAUCCACUGCAGUUAGAUAUCAGCAUAGACAAAGGUAGCCUAAACAGCAGCCACCAGCAUUUCUUCCUUUCUGUUUUUGCGCGGCUACAUCAAACUUUUAUUAAGGGUGUUUCUGAGUCUGUUCUGUACGUGAGCGACGCAUGUUGAGAGUGAGGGAGAUGUCAAAUGGUCGAAAGCAGAUGGGUUUGAACUAAUGAAAAGCAGACUCUUUCAUCUAUGCACGAACGCUGUGCUGCUGUGUAGUACCAUGGAGCAAUACGAACCUCACGGUGGACUACAUGGUGUGUGUGUGUGCGCGAGCAGGUGCUGAGUGAAGCGCUACCAAUAUACUACCCAAAGCAAGCCUCAGGUUUGCCUUGAACGGUCGGUGAUGAUACUAUCGCAAAAUGACGAUCCAUAUCCCGACGGCCCAUCGUGCAAAUUAGUUCGGGCUGCACCCUUUUUUUAUUCUACAUCAAUCGAAAGAGUUUUUCCCUGACAGUUGGAAGGGGGUGGAACUACACGUCAGACUAAAUUUUGAGCGAUGCGUCAGUUAUUUAAUUGAAGAACAUCUUUCUUUUUCAAAGCAGAUAUACGGGAAAUAAUUAAGACUCUGUGUCUCUGUUCACGAAUGUGUGAUUACGGUAUAACGCCAUGGACAUUACUGGCAAAAAUGUGUAAACUGAUUCUCUUCAGCGGCGUUACGCUUCCUUAGCAACGAAUAUCUCAGCAUCUCAAAAUCGUUAUGGAAAAAAAGCCCUUCCAGAAACCAUCUAUUUCCCAUGGACAUUGUUGUCUUUAUUUGAUCCCAUAGCAACGAACACCUCACAUACAUUCACGCACACGAGUGGGUCGUGUCAUAACGUGUAUACGAUGUCUCUGUCGCCUCAUCGUGCUAUCUUCAUAAGAUAGCAACGGACUAGUCUACAGCUGACAGUGGAUGGGUGUAUUGCAACGCACUCCAGUAACAAUUGGCUCCGCACUCCUUCUAGAUUUGCAAUUCUGAGCGUAACUUCAGGAGAAGGCGAAUGAUUAUAACUUAUCCCGGGGGGAAAUGGAUCACGAUUUCAAAACAAGUUGGUAGACGGGACCAGCCAGGGAAAUAUGCCACUGGUUUAUUACAACUGUCAUGACGGUGUUUAGAAGCUGACCACGUGUGCUGUGUACAGAUCUGAGAUUGUACAACAACUGAAGUGCAGGCGACUACAACGCGCCAGUUUCUCUUACGACAGCGGAUGGGCUCGAGUGCUGGCCCCUGCAAUUUAAGAACUCUUGCGAGUGUCUGCCGGGACUCCUUCGGCGCGACAAACAUGACAUUACGGAGACGGAGAUAUUCCCUCGGUGAAUUGAGCCUACUAGUGUUAAUGUGUGUUGGAGCUGGUUGCUACGGUACCGUCAUAUCGUCAGAAUCUCACGUUUAUGAUGGCCAAGAAACACCCGGUUUUACGGAGAAGAUCCAAGUUCGUCUCACAGGGGGCCUCAACCCUAUGGAGGGACGGGUGCUGGUCCACUCAGAGGGUCGAUGGAGGGCAGUGUGUGACAUAGAGUGGGGAAUCCCCGAUGCUGACGUCAUCUGUAGACAGCUGGGUUUCGGGUACUCGUCCAUGGCGUGGAGGGGUGCCCACUUUGGGGAAGAGCCAAAUGAGGCGGUUGAAGACUUCCGGAUUAUUUUAUCUUGCCUCGGAAUGGAGUCGGAAUUUACAGAGUGUUCGCAUCGUAAAAUAUCUGCCUUGUCCUGCGGGAAAUUUAAAACAGCUGGCGUUCGAUGCAGUAACAUCUCAUCACAAAAGGAUAAUCCAAUCCGCCUCGUUGGGGGUAUCACUCCCAACCAGGGUGAAGUACAACUCUAUCACAACAGGACAUGGAAUGUCAUCUGUGAUGAAUCAUGGGAUAUGAUCAAAGCUGGAGUGGCAUGCCGGGAACUAGGCUACCCAAGUGUCAUCGCAGACUGGGGUAAAACUCUGCUAUACGUCAACGGGGACGAUGAUUCACAGCAGGCUGUUCAAUUGGUAUCUUGCACUGGAGCUGAGAACAGGAUUGCCCAGUGUAAAGUUGGUGCUCUUCGGGGUUUGAGGUGUCCAAACCCCGUAUCUGUGACAUGUGUGACUAACGAGCGAAACGGGUCUCCCCGGGAUCGGUUACGUCUCACCGGGGAUACUCAACCUAAUAUGGGUCGGGUAGAGGUAAAUAUCGAUGGCAACUGGGGAACGAUAUGCGACGAGGAUUGGGAUUUGAAAGACGCCAGGAUCGUGUGCAAAGAGCUCGGUUAUCACUAUGCAACAGCAGCACCCGGGGGUGCCCACUUCGGGGAAGGUACGGGUGCUGUUCUAUUCAGCCGGGUAGGCUGCACGGGACACGAGAGGCAUUUAUUGGAUUGUGCAAGAAGUGGUAUGGAGGCAACUAAUUGCCAACAUGGACAUGACGCUGGCGUCGUGUGUAGCUUGGACCCUACGGCAGAGCCAGCAGGUAACUUAAUGCGUCUUUCCGAUAGCAGCUCUGGGUUCGUAGAAGUAUUUCAUGACGGGCAGUGGUGGCGUGUCUGCGAUCAGGGCUGGGACCCUGACGAUGCCUUGGUUGCCUGCCGACAACUCGGCUAUCGGCACCCAUCUAAGACCAUGUCCCCAGUCCUGACGGCCGCCUCACCUGGUAGAUCAAUAGAUGCCCGGGGGGACAUCGGCGUGCUGCUCAACAAGAUGCGUUGCCAUGGUAAUGAGACGAACUUGGCAUUUUGUCCGCACAGCGGUCUUGGGCCCCAGGUGUGUGCUACACGCAAUGGACAUGCCACAGUGGAUUGCAAUGGAAAUAUGCCACGUAGAUCAAAUGAGAUAGAAGGCAAAGUUCGACUUGCGAGUGGCAGAAGUGACUUUGAAGGCCGAGUCGAGAUCUUUUUGGACGGGGCAUGGGCGACCGUUUGUGCUGACCGUUGGGAUAUGGCAGACGCCAACGUGGUAUGUCGUCAGUUAGGCUUCACCCACGCUACCUCGGCGUUAGUCAGCGUGGCGCACUUUGGGCCCGGCUCUGGACCUAUCUUGCUGGACGAGGUUGAAUGUGUCGGGGACGAGGAUAACUUGCUGGACUGCCGAGCGGAAAGAUUGUACCAGCAUGAUUGCCAGCACAGGCAAGAUGCAGGAGUGAGGUGCGACAAUCGGACAGUUUCUUAUGACUACUCCGUUCGUCUUACCGGGGGAUCUACUCCUAACGCGGGCCGUCUGGAGAUACUUCUUAACAGUAUAUGGCACACAGUCUGCGAUGUCGGAGACACAUGGAACAUUAGAGGAGCAAACGUAGUAUGUCGCGAGCUAGGAUUCCCCCGUGCGUCGCAGCCCUGGGCUAAGAUCUCCGGAGCUCUAGAGAAAGGGAAACGGAGUUUCGCGACCGUGAAAUGCAUGGGGAACGAGACGACGAUUGCAGGGUGCCAGUACGGCGGAGUUGGUGACGUGGACUGCGGAGGAGUAAAGCAUGAGGCACGGGUACUCUGCCAAAACCGCCAAAAAGAAGCUCCAUACCGCAUCAGGCUUGACGGAGGAUCCAACCCUAGCGAAGGUAUUGUUCAGAUUCUCCAAGACGAACACUGGUUUCCCGUCUGUGGUGAUGGUUGGGACAUUGCAGACGCAUUGGUAGUCUGCAAGCAGCGCGGUUACAAGUUCGCCAAAAGUGCCAGCUCAAUUGAAGAGAGACGGGGUGUCGCCGAAGCACAACUUGUAAUGACAAACCGCGCCCAUCAACUCCAAAUGGUGCUCCAGCAAGUACGGGGUUGGUCCGGAUUCCGGUGCACAGGACACGAGGAUCACCUCCUUGAAUGUGAUCACGUAGAGAGUCGGAUAGUUGGGUGUGGUCGAGGUGAGGUUAUUACGGUUGCCCACGUAGAGUGCAGUCAGAAACCAUCUAUACCCGCUGGUGAACGAUUACGCCUAAGUGGGAAGUCCAAGGAAAACGAAGGCCGUGUUGAGGUGUACUAUGAAGGCAUGUGGUGGAAGGUAUGCGCUGAUGACUGGGAUAUGCCUGACGCUACUGUAGUCUGCCAUCAGAUCGGGUAUCCUUUAGCUCUGGUGCCUUACAAACUAUCUAACGAUGACACCAAAUAUGCCAUCUGCGAGAGGGGUCUUAGUGGCGUCGAUGCUGAAGAUACCAACUGCAGAUUGAACUAUCUGAUGGGGGAUCUCCAAUGCACUGGGGAAGAGGGGAUUGUAGUUGACUGUAGGCACGCUGGAUUUGGACGGCAGUAUUGCAGCCAGGAUCAUGACGCAGGCGUGGUGUGUGACGGAAAGAGAAUAAAACCAACCUUCGAAGCCCGUUUAGGAGGCAGCGACUCCAGCCAUCCCUAUGAGGGUCGAGUGGAGCUGCAGCACGGCGGCCAGUGGUGGCUCGUUUGCAACGAGGGUUGGGAUUACACCGACGCCCAGGUGAUAUGCAGACAGCUCGGCUUUCCUGGGGCUGAGGUUGACUCGACUCUGCAGACGUUCUACAAGGGCAGACGAACCGGUGAGAUGGGGUUCCUUCUGGAAGACGUCGACUGUCUAGGGACAGAAGACAACUUGGCUGAGUGUCUGAACGGUGGGAUUGGGAAAGCCACUUGUCAGACUCAGGUUGCUGUAGGAGUCAGAUGUUCCACAGACUUACUCAUCAUUGAAGGUCCAGAUAUCCGUUUGAUUGGAGGGGAAUCUUUACAAGAAGGCAGGGUGGAGCUGUACCAUGACAAUCGCUGGUGGACAAUCUGCGAUGACAACUGGGAUAUCAGUGCUGCCGAGGUUGCCUGCAAACAGCUCGGCUUCCCGGCAGCUGAGUCCGCUGUCCUCGGUGCUUACUUCGGCAAAGGACGAGAAGAAAUGGGCAUACUCCUUGAUGAAGUCAACUGCAGGGGAUCCGAAGAUAACUUACUGGUCUGCUCUCACCAUACGGUAGGAGAACACGAUUGCAAACAUACACAGGAUGCUGGUGUGAGGUGCUCCAAACCAACCGUGCAACACUCAAUGAAACUACCCAAGUCAAUACGUCUGACUGGCAGUAACACAACAUCGGAAGGUGUGGUGGAGUUAUACCACAAUUAUCGGUGGUGGACAGUUUGCAGAACUGGCAACAUCUCCGACGACCUGAACAGUGCGAUCAUCGUCUGCCGGCAACUUGAUUUCUUCACCGCACAGAGCGUCAUUCCAGCGGGGAACUUCACUCUGCCUCCCCGGUACACCCGAGCAUUGCUGUCGGGGCUAAGAUGCGAGGGUACGGAGAGAAACCUGACCCUGUGCCGUCAGGACGAACUAAAGGUUGCUGUCGGGAAACAAUGUGACCUUACUCAGAGUCUUGCUGUACGAUGCACACCAUCUACACCUCUAAACUCACCAGGUUCAUCUCCCUCCAGAAGUCGAAAGAGAACAGGUCCAACGACACCCGUUCUUGCAGUAAUUAUAGCAACAGUGUUCGUGACGGGAUUUCUCAUCGGCAGUCUAAUUCUCUACCACGUCUAUCAGGCGUGUGAUCGGUUUUUAUCCCGUCAACGUACGUCAAACAGCGACAGUAGCCCUCCAGCUACCAACGUCACAAGCAACACAGACAGCGGAGGGCGGGGAAAUCAAGGAAGGGGUCGAUCGAGAUCCAGGGGGGACAGUGAAUCAACACGAAAUAAAGACAUGUUUAUUGAGUUAUACCCUCUACCUCCGGCUCCCGACCCGGUUGAGGACUCGGAGACCGAGGUUGAUGGGGACGGGGAUGAGUACGGGGAAUGGACUGGAGCCCCUGUUGUGCAAAGGGAGAACAGUAUUCCUCCACCAAACACACCUGUUGCAGCUUUUGAUGGGACACUAGUAUAGUUUAGCCACUGUUUCCCCGGUACAUUAUAGUCCUGUGUUUCACUAUGAAUCUAGUAGUCUAUUUACAUUCAAGCUAAUCUGACGAAAGAUGGAUGUGCCUCGAUCCCUUAUCAUGCGAAUACCAGGAUCGGACAGACGGACCUGAACCAUGGAGGUAGAAUUAGAAGGUCUCAUAUAAACAUUGGUUUAACGUCUGGAAAAUGUUGAGCUGCAUACAAACAAAACGUACCUUGGCAUACUAUAGAAUUCGGACAAAACCAGGAUACUCGCGUUGUGUUUUGCAAAUUCGGCUGAACACAGUCGGGAUUUCAAGUCACUUUUACGGUACGGACUCGUUCUAAAGAUGAGUUGUCAGUAUUGCCAGAGUGAUUUGUAUUGUCACAUCGCACUUUGCUUAAACCAGAUUGAUCUUAGCCCUUUGUGAAGAUCGGCCCCAUUUCAACACGAUUCUGGAAAUGACACCGGAGGAAGAAACUCUACACAUUCAAAGAACACACAAUAAUUUAUGAAGCUACCAGUGACAAGUGUGCCAUGUUGUGCAGGAUAUACCUCUUUUAAGGAUUAUUCAAUAUGGUGCUUGGGAAGAAGAGAUAACAAAUGUUUUUUUCUCUUGAAGAGAUCAAGAACAAAGAACUACACCUCCUCUGCCUCGCUUUUUGUGCCCGUAGUUAGCUUCAUUGAAAGUUGAAACAUUGACAGCUGGCAGGUGUGACAUUGUGUAAAAGCUCUGUGUGUGUUUUUUUUCUCGGGUUUUUUUUUUUUUCGUUUUUUUUUUUUU